CAAAAUUCAUCAUUUCCGACCCUGCUUUACCUUAAUUGUUUUCUCAAUUUUCUUUUCCUAGAAGAGCAGAACAAAGAAAGUGAGGCUAAUUCACAAUCCAAGCAAAAAAAGGAGUGCAAAAUACUUCGACCUUCACUUCUUCUUUUUUUGUCUUCCCCUUCUUCCACCAUUAAAAUCCCAAAACUUUUCAACUUUCUCUGUUCACUGUUUACCUCUCUGUUUGCUCUGUUUUCUUCCUAUACAUACAAAUUCUAUACAUAUACACACACCCUUUUUCUAGUACUAUCCGUCCCUUUCUUCCCCACCUACCCCGCCAACACACACCCACAGAGUUUCGCAGUCUUUAUCAACUUGUUGGGUCACUCUGUUCUUCUUUGCACACUUUUUUUCUUCUCUUUUUUCCAAUGCAAAAACGGGUUUCUUGGCCGGUGAAUCAAUCCGGUUAUGGAUUUCACCGGAAUCCUCCGAUCCAUUAUCGACCACCGGAAUUUUCGAAACGGAACCCAUCCAAUUUCAUAAUCCAACUCCGGGCAACUCCACAGAACUGGAAACUGAACCGGCAACACCUGAACAACUUGAUAGCAAAAUUACCCUUCACCCCAGAAAACCCUUCAGUUAUAGACUCCGGUUUCGUCGUGGGAAUCUUAUCGUAUGUUGAAUGGAAUCAAACCUUAGAAGUUAUGGUGAAGUUAUGGGAGUUAAGGUUAAGUGGUGGGCAUUGUUAUAAUCCAAUUUUAAAAGCAAAAAUUGAACUUCCAUCUGAUAAAGAAGAGUUGAAUGAGAGAUUAAAAGGGGUUUUCUUGGAGAAAUUGAAUAGGUUAAUCAAUGGGGUUUUAGUACAAAAAUGGCAGAAAAAGUUGGGUUUUGUGAUAGAUGAAAUUGAGAAAAUUUCUUUUUUGUUGAAGAAACCAAACAGGGUUGGAGUUUACCAGGAGCUUUGGAAGAAUAAAAAGGGUAUUGAAAGUGAAAGAGAUUUGAUAGUAUUAAGGAUUGAUGAAUUCAAGAAUGGAAUUAAAUGUAUCAUGGAUUAUUUGGAGGGUUUUGAGAAUAAUGAGGAUUAUAGGGUGUUUAAAUUUGGUGAAGAGAUUGAUUGGAAUACAAUUCAUUAUUUGAUGAUGAGAGAAUGUAGAAGGCUUGAUGAUGGCUUACCAAUAUAUGGUUUUAGGCAGCAGAUUAUUCAACAAAUUCUAUCUCAACAGGUGACGGUUUUGGUUGGAGAGACUGGAUCAGGAAAGAGUACACAAUUAGUGCAAUACCUUGCUGAUUCAGGAAUAGCUGGCAAUGGUUCUAUGAUUUGCACUCAGCCUCGUAAACUUGCUGCCAACUCUUUAGCAAGUAGGGUUAGAGAGGAAAGCCAGGGGUGCUAUGGUGAUUGUUCAAUCUCCUGUAAUCCCCCACAUUCGUCCUGUCAGCAGUUUGAUUCAAAGGUAAUUUUUAUGACAGAUCACUGCCUAUUACAGCACUAUAUGGGUGACAAAACUUUGUCCAAGAUUUCAUGCAUCAUAGUCGAUGAGGCACAUGAAAGAAGCCUUAACACUGAUCUUCUUUUAGCAUUGAUUAAGAAUCUACUUCAUCAGAGGUUUGAUCUGAGGCUUAUUAUUAUGUCUGCCACAGUUGAUGCAAACCAGCUUGCAGACUACUACUUUGGUUGUGGAACUUUCCAUGUGGCGGGCAGGAAUUUUCCGGUUGAUAUUAAGUAUGUUCCCUGUGAAGCUGAUGCCCAUCCUGUUGUAGGUGCAAUUGCCCCUUAUGUCCAUGAUGUUAUUAAGAUGGUGACUGAGAUAGAUAGAACUGAGGGAGCGGGAGCUAUUCUAGCCUUCUUGACAUCUCAGAGUGAAGUUGAGUGGGCUUGUGAGAAGUUUCAAUCACCACUGGCAAUUGCUUUACCUUUACAUGGCAAAUUAUCCUAUGAUGACCAAAACCGAGUGUUUCUCUCCUAUCCAGGGAAGAGAAAGGUUAUAUUCACCACAAAUCUUGCUGAGACAUCACUGACAAUCCCCGGUGUCAAAUAUGUUGUUGAUUCUGGCAUGGUUAAAGAAAGCAGGUUUGAACCUGUCUCUGGCAUGAAUGUUCUCAGGAUAUGCAGUGUGAGCCAAAGUUCUGCUAACCAAAGAGCUGGUCGUGCAGGGAGAACUGAACCUGGAAAGUGUUACAGGCUGUACUCUCAAAGUGAUUUUGAGGGCAUGCCUUGUCAUCAGGAACCUGAAAUUCGGAAAGUUCAUCUUGGUGUUGCAGUGCUGAGGAUUCUUGCUUUAGGUAUCAAGAAUGUGCAGGAUUUUGAUUUUGUUGAUGCACCGAGCCCCAAAGCUAUUGAGAUGGCCACCCGAAAUCUAGUUCAACUAGGAGCUGUUACCCAAAGAGAUGAUGCAUAUGAAUUAACUGCAGAAGGACUAAAAUUGGUCAAGUUGGGUAUUGAGCCUCGGUUGGGAAAAAUGAUCCUCAGUUGCUUUGAUCAACAUUUGGGUAAAGAAGGUGUUGUGCUUGCUGCCGUUAUGGCAAAUUCCAGCAGCAUUUUCUGUAGGGUCGGUUCUGAAGGAGACAAGUUAAAAUCUGAUUGCCGUAAGGUGCAAUUUUGCCAUCCAAAUGGUGACCUCUUUACUUUACUAUCUGUUUACAGGGAAUGGGAGAUUGUGCCUAGGGAAAAGAAGAAUAGCUGGUGUUGGGAUAAUAGUAUCAAUGCCAAAUCCAUGAGAAGAUGUCAUGAGACUGUGCUGGAAAUGGAAGCCUGUCUUCAAAAUGAGCUAAAUAUGAUCAUAACCAGUUACUGGCGCUGGCAUCCUCAAGGGCUUAACAAGUAUGACGAAGUAUUGCAAAGUAUAAUGCUUUCUGCACUUGCGGAAAAUGUUGCUGUGUACUCAGGUUAUGAUCAGCUUGGUUAUGAGGUUGCACUAACUGGGAAGUGUGUCCAACUACAUCCUUCCUGUUCACUUUUGAAUUUUGGCCAACGACCGCGUUGGGUAGUCUUUGGGGAUGUCCUUGCAGCAGCUAAUGAGUAUCUGGUCUGUGUUACUGCAUUUGAGUUUAGUUCUCUUGUUAGCCUCACUCCUGCUCCUUUGUUUGAUUUUCUGAAGAUGGAUGAACAAAAGUUAGAAAAGAAGGUUUUGACAGGCUUUGGAGUCGUGCUACUCAAAAGAUUUUGUGGAAAAUCUAACAGUAGCAUUAAUAAUCUUAUCUCUCGCAUUAGAACUUUUUAUUUGGAUGAAAGGAUAGGUAUUCAAGUUAAUGUUGAUGACAGUGAGGUUCUUUUAUAUGCUUCUUCAAGAGACAUAGAGAGUGUUUCCUUCCAGGUAAAUGAUGCUCUAGAGUAUGAAAGUAAGCUGUUGAGGAACGAAUGCUUAGAGAAAUGUCUAUUCAACGGAGGAUCAGCAGCUUCGGCCUCUGUUGCCCUCUUUGGAGCUGGUGCUGUGAUAAAGCAUUUGGAGCUUGAGAAGAGAUGUUUGACUGUGGACAUAUUUCCCUCAAAUGGAAAUGCCAUUGAUGAUAAGGAACUGCUGAUGUUUUUGGAGAGAGCCACAUCUGGUAAUAUUUGUAUGGUGCACAAGUACUCUGGAAUGGACCAGGACAAAGAGGAGAACAAGUGGGGCACAGUAAAAUUUCUUACCCCUGAUGCUGCUGAACGGGCUACAUUCUUAAAUGGAGUGGAAUUUAAUGGUGGCUUUCUGAAAAUGGUUCCAUCCAGGAGCAUACACAAUAGUGAUCAAAAGAUGUUUCGCUCAGUUCUCAGAGCUAAAGUUUCUUGGCCUCGUAGGUACAGUAAAGGAGUAGGCUUUCUGGAAUGUUACCAAAGGGAUGUUCCUUUAAUUUUAGGUGACAUCUCUGAUCUUAUGAUUGGUGAAAAUCUUAUCCGUUGUGAGGCAAGCAAUAAGAAACCCAACAACAUAGUCAUUACUGGACUUGAUAGGUACAUGGCUGAGACAGAGAUACUUGAGGAGCUGAGGGCAGCAACAAAAUGGGAAAUUCUGAAUUUCUUCUUGGUGAGAGGAGAUUCUGCAGAAAAUCCUCCCAUAGCUACUUGUGAAGAAGCACUUCGGAAAGAAAUAUCUCCCUUCAUGCCUAAAAGGGUUCCGUAUGUUAAUUCUGUUCGUGUCCAGGUCUUCCAGCCGAAACUAAAUGAGUAUUUCACAAAAGCAGCUAUAAUAUUUGAUGGAUCUCUUCAUCUUGAAGCAGCCAAGGCCUUGGAGCAAAUCGACGGCAUGGUUUUGCCUGGAUGCCUUCCCUGGCAGAAAAUAAGAUGUGAGCGACUGUUUCACAGCUCUGUUUCCUGUUCUGCACCAGUUUAUCAUGUCAUCAGGAAUCAGCUGAAUUCUUUACUUGCUAGCCUCCACCGAAGAAAGGUUGGGCAAUGCGAGCUACAGAGAAAUGAUAACGGUUCCUGUACAGUUAGGAUAUCUGCCACUGCCACCAAAGUUGUGGCAGAGAUGAGAAAGCCGCUGGAGCAACUUAUGAAAGGCAAGAUUGUAGAUCACGUGGACAUUACUCCGACAGUUGUUCAACUUCUGUUCUCUCGAGAAGGAACUAACAUUAUGAGGACAAUUCAACGGGAGACAGGAACCUAUAUUUAUUUUGACAAGCAUAGCUUGCUUGUUAGUAUCUUUGGUUCUUUAGACAAUGUUGAUAGGGCUCAACAGAGAUUUAUUGAUUCCCUUUUGGUGCUACAUGAAAGUAAACAACUUGAGGUGCAUCUUCGUGGAGGACUUUUGCCUCAUGACCUGAUGAAAAGAGUUGUUCAGACAUUUGGACCAGACCUUAGUGCGCUUAAAGAAAAGGUGCCUGGGGCAGAGUUCUCUCUGAACACAAAGCGCCAUUGCAUCUAUAUCAAUGGUACUAAAGAUAUGAAGCAAAGUGUGGAGGACAUAAUCUCUGAAAUUGCUCAAAGGAGUUUUCCAACUCAAACGACGGGAGAUGAUACUGGCUGUCCUGUUUGCUUGUGUGAACUGGAGGAUCCUUAUAAACUUGAAGCUUGCUUCCAUGUAUUCUGUCGGACAUGCUUGCUAGAGCAGUGCGAGUCUGCAAUCAAAAGCCGGGAAGGUUUCCCCAUGUGCUGUCUUCAUCAAGGUUGUGCAGAACCCAUCUUGCUUGCUGAUUUGAAGUCUCUAUUGUCAAUUGAGAAGUUGGAAGAACUUUUCAGGGCUUCCUUGGGGGCUUUUGUGGCAGCCAAUGGGGGUACCUACCGCUUUUGCCCCUCACCAGACUGCCCUUCAGUUUAUCGCGUUGCAGAUGCUGAUAUGGUUGGUGCACCUUUUGCCUGUGGUGCAUGCUAUGUGGAGACAUGUACGAGUUGCCACCUGGAGUAUCAUCCUUACCUCUCAUGUGAGACAUACCAGAAGGUUAAAGACGACCCGGAUUGCUCUCUAGAGGAAUGGUCCAAGGGGAAAGACAAUGUAAAGAAAUGUCCUGUUUGCAGAUGUACAAUUGAGAAGGUGGAUGGCUGCAAUCAUAUCGAGUGUAAGUGCGGGAAUCAUGUUUGCUGGGUUUGCUUGCGCUUCUUCGACACCAGUGAUAACUGCUAUGGUCAUUUGAGUUCUGUUCAUCAGUCCAUUACAUGAGAAAUAGGGAACCAUAGUCCAUAGUUUAUGCAAGCGUGUUCAUGUAAAUAUUUGCACGGAGUAUGUAAGCAAGAGCUUUUUAUGUCUGUACAUAUCUAUGUUUAUGUUGUAGAGAUGUCUUCAGAACCCUUUUCUUAUCUAUAGUUAAAU